CUGAAAAAAAAAAUAGCUUUUCCUGAGAUUCUUUUUUGAAUGCGAUUCCCUCUUUCCCUAUCCUUUACCUGUUUGUUCAACUUCUGGGAUCUACCUUGUUUUGAGUAGACAUUUGUCUGAUCCUUAUUUUCUCACCAUUAGAUUACCUGGGAGGUUAUGGCUAAGGUUUAUUCGUCUCUGAUUCCUUGAAGCCUAGCACAGUUCCUGACUCAGCAGAUGGUUUGUUCAUUCAACACAUAUUUACUCAGUUUGUCGAGGGGACUCUACCUUUACCUCUGUAGACCCUGGGCAAUUUUCUGAACUCACACACUUACUUCACAAGUUUAUUGUGAGUCAUAAAUUGAUAUUAAAUAUAAAAGCGCAUUGGAAAUAAAGAAAUAUAGUGUUACCCAGAGGUGUUGUAUGUGUUAUCUUUUGACUUCUUAUUUAUCUGUCGGGGUUAAUUUCAUUUGAAAUAAUUCAAUGAAGCCAUUUAAGGAAUGCGACCAUGUCCCUCCAAGCAGGCAGGUGGCGCCAUUGCCACGAGACGCAUUGUAGUGGAGAGUUUUGGUCCUUCCGCCAUGCCGUAGUGUGUCGCCUCACCUGUGCGCCAGUGGGUGCUACCGUGGCGGGGUGGGAGAUAUGUCGCUGUUGCCGUCUCUGCGCCUCUGUCUGGUUGCGCGGACUGGGAGCCACCUGGCGGGGUCCUUUCUGCUUCAGUCGGCCCAGCCAUGGCACACAUUUCAGACUGGGCCUUGGCUAUCUUCCUCGGCUUCCAGCAAGGAGCUCCUAAUGAAUCUGCGUCAGAAAACAGGCUAUUCCUUUGUGAACUGCAAAAAAGCUCUGGAGACUUGUGGCGGGGAUCUCAAACAGGCGGAGAUCUGGCUCCACAAGCAGGCCCAGAAGGAGGGCUGGAGCAAAGUUGACAGGCUCCAUGGGAGGAAGACCAAAGAAGGCCUGAUUGGGCUGCUGCAGGAAGGCAGUACAGCUGUGUUGGUGGAGGUAAACUGUGAGACGGAUUUUGUUUCCAGAAAUUUAAAAUUUCAACAGUUGGUCCAGCAAGUAGCCCUGGGAACCAUGUUGCACUGUCAGAGCUUAAAGGAUCAACUUUCCACAUACAGCAAAGGCUUCUUGAAUUCCUCUGAGCUUUCUGGACUUCCAGCUGGGCCUGACAGAGAUGGCUGCCUGAAGGAUUGGUUGGCCUUAGCAAUUGGUCAUCCUGUAGUAUCUGUGAUGCUUGGGUCAUGGAUGAGAACCAGACAGCUGUGUAUUCAAAAAUGGGGCCUACGGCUAGGUAUUUAGCUCAGUGGUUCGCUGCCUGCCUCGAAAGUGUGAGGGCCCUAGUUCGAUCCCCGGUACCAAAAACACAAAUAAACACAAACAAAAAAGGGACUUACUUGGAAAUCCUGGAAGGGCUGUUUGUUUCAGUCUUGUUAAUUUCUGGGAAUUAACUAUUGGGUAGAUAUUUGAGCUAUUUAAAAAUUUGUUUUGGUUUCUGAAUUCUCCCUUUUCAUAAUUUUUACUUAUAACUAUGGCUAAUCCAGGCAUAUUAAUCCAAAUGGAACCUCCUGCUCCUUCCUGCUUUCUGGAUUAUUUGGACUUCAUUGGAAGGGAAUGGCUUCCUGAGGGGGGAAAAAAAUGAAUGUGUUUUUGGUUCUCAUAAACACUGAAAAUGUUACAGUUACAUUCAU